AUGUCGUCUCUUUUGAAAAUGUUUGGUGACCUAGGCAUCCCUCUCUCUCAACCAAAAACAGUUGGCCCCACGACUUGCUUGGUGUACCUCGGUAUCACCCUAGACUCCAUCAAGAUGGAAGCUAGACUGCCCAUGGAGAAGAUAGACAGAUUGACGACCAUCAUCCACUCCUUACUACAACAGAGUGAAGUCACCAAACGAGACUUGCUGGUAGUACUGGGACACAUGAACUUCGCAAUGCAAGUGGUGAAACCAGGACGUACCUUUAUCGGCUACCUUCUGCAAUUGGCACAUUCAGUUCCAGACCUAAAGAACAGGGUACAGUUAAAUCAAGAAUGUCGAUUCGACUUCACCAUGUGGAUUUGUUUCCUCGAACAAUGGAAUGGAGUGUCCCUUUUCACAGCUGACAGGAUCGAUGCUCCAGACUUCCUGCUAUACACAGACGCAGCAGGAGCCAUAGGUUAUGGCGCAUAUUAUCAGCGAAAGUGGUUUGCCUCUAAGUGGCCUGGGCGUCUGUUCACACUGGUAGCAGACGACAUGUCUAUAGCCCUGAUGGAGUUAUACCCGAUUGUUAUGGCAGCAGAGGUCUGGGGAAAAGAAUGGGCUGAGAAAUCACGCGAGGCAUGUCCCAGGGAAACACAACCAUAUCAGUGA